AGCAGAUCUGUCUUCACACUUACGCUAUUGCAAUUCCAACACCAACACAAUUCCAACAUGAGAUACUCACUCUGCCUCUCGGCCAUCGUGGCCGCAGCUACAGCGAUUGCCAUUCCGGCAGUCAGCCAGAUAGCCGACGGCCAGCUGCAAAAUCCAGCGGCACCAGCUCCAGCUCCGGCGCCAGCCCAGCCCGUACAGCAAAUAAACGAUGGCCAGGUUCAAAACCCGGCGAAACCCAUUCAACAGAUCAAUGACGGCCAGCUGCAAAACCCAGCGGGAGCAGGUGCUUCAGCUCCAUCCUCCGGCUCAGCAUACACUCCUCCCUCCGGAUACGGCAGCAAGACUGCUAGCGGCGCUUUCAAGUUCCCUCUGGCCAACGGGUUCCCAAACAUCAAGGUCCCAUCCGCCGAGCUCACCGCCAUCCAGAAGCAGGCCCACGGAACCCUCCCCAACGGCGCUCUUCCCACGAAGCUGUCGGACGCUUCGGCCACCACCUUUCAGGUGAUUGCUUUCAACGAGAUCUUCGAGACGGCAUUCUUCACCUCUCUCCUGCAGAACGUCACAACGGGAGUCUACAAUCCCGCGGACAAGGACUACGUCAUUGAGGCCAUCACCGCCGUCCAGGCGCAGGAGGAGCUUCACGCUCUCGGCGCCAACGCCAUCCUUGCCAGCGCCGGUCGCACUCCCAUCCAGCCUUGCGAGUACAAGUUCCCCACCUCCGACUACGAGUCCGCCAUCGCCACUGCAUCUCUCUUCACCGACGUCGUGCUUGGCACUCUCCAGGAAGCCUCCACUACUUUCGGCACCACCGGUGACGAUGAAGUGCUCGGCCUCGUCGCCUCCAUCGUCGCCCAGGAGGGUGAGCAGGACGGCUGGUACCGCUCCGUCGGCAAGAAAAUCCCGUCUGCCCUCCCAUUCCUCAGCGCCAGCUCCGGCGUCUUCGCCUUCUCCGCCUUGAAUCAGCUCUUCAUCGUGCCCGGCUCAUGCGGUAACCUCGACGCCAUCAAGGUGCCCAUCCUCCAGCCACUGACCGUCGUCACGCCACCCAAGGCCGCCGACUCGGACAUCACCUUCUCGUACCCAGUCGACAAGUCCAUCACUUCUCCGGCCAACCUCCGCUUGGUCUACAUCAACCAGCAGAACAAGCCAAUUGUGCAGGAGUUGCAGAACCUCAAGUUGGAGGGCGACACUGUGACUUUCACCUCGCCCUUCCCGUACACUGAGAACCUACUCAAUGGAUUGACGAUUGCGACUGUUACUAAUGGUCCGACUUCGUUUGCGAAUAUUUCUGAGGUUGCUGUGGCGGCUGUUUGGGGUCCUGGUCUUAUUGAGGUGAAUUAG